AAUCCGUUUAAUUUCUAAACCCAAAACCUUUACGGACAUUUGUUCUCAUCUGUAAUCAUUAAAGCAGUUCGGAGUUGUAUUUUUUAAUAUCCCAAAGGCUCAAAAAUAUUUGGAAUGCUACAAGAUAAAAAUGAUUGUACAAAAGCAGUUUAGUGGUAUUUUGGUAUUUCUGUCAUUUCCUGUAAAAGUAAACAAAUGUGUGAAACAAUGGAAAGCUGUAAUGUUUUAUUGAAUAAAGCUAACAAAAUUUUGCACUGAUAAAGAAAAUAAUAAAAUAAAAAAAUUAGAGCAAAUACACCAUCUCCCUCUUUUAUUUUGAAAACUUCAAGUUGACAUCUUUUUUUGCACAGUUUGUCAUAAAUCCUAAAAUAAUAUGAGAUAAACUAUGAUUAUAAACAGUAGAAAGUCUCUUUAAACUUGUGAUUUAGUGCUAUAAGUUGCCAAAGUUUAAUCUAUUUGUUUAUUUUUUGCCUGAUCUCUUUUUUUUCUUCCUUUUUGUAUGUAGUUACAUUUUUUAAAUAUAAUCUUUACCACUUUUGAGUCAAAAUCUCUUCUAAAAACUCUUUCAUCAUGAUUUCGCCAUUGCUGUAGCAUUUCUGUCAGCAGGAGGCAGUAAAGAAGCAUAUUUUCUACCAUGUCUGUGUCAUUGUCUUUUUACCCACAAUUCCCCUUUCCUGAUAGAUAUCUAAGUUUUUUUUGGGAUGUUUUCUGUUAAACCAUCAGAGGGAGGAGUCUAUGUAAAAACCAUGUUCUCAGCUCACACUUUGCUUUCAGUCUAAUUUUUUUAUUUUUAUUGUUUUCUUAUUUAAAUAAAAAUAUUCAUAUGGUAGAUAUACUUUAGAAGGAAAAGUAUUCUCAUGUUUGGGCCUUAAAUGCCUAAUUUAAGGAUGCACACCAGCAUCAUUCACCAUUACUUUUACAGAGCUCGGACACUCAGAUUUGCGUAGGUGGCAGAAGGCGGGUCCAAAUCCCUUGUGGGGCGCAGGGCUGAUUAAUGAUUAAAGGAGAUUAGAAGGAGGGUCAGGACUUGACUACUAUUCUCACUCUGAUGCUGCUGUGGCUGCCUUUGUGGUAUCAGCGCCUGUGCGACCACUCAGCCAAACAAUUUAACCAUGAAAAGUCUUUAGAAAAAUUGACAUGUUGCAUGUCAAAGCUGAGUGCAUCCACAAUGCAUCGCCCACAAGAUAUCAGUCGUGUCGACCGGGCUAAGCUGCUUAUGAAAAGAUCUUCAGAGAAAUGUACAACCAAACCCCUUCCUCUUGAUCCCACAUACAGCAUGGAGGAUAACCUGUUCCUUUCCCCUUCUUUAUUCGUCUCCAACCUUUAAUCCCACCCUGGAUUUAAAGGAAUGACUAGAGAAGAGACAGACAAUGGCGGUCUUAAGAGUUAAGUUUACCAAGACCAAGAGGGACAAACUGGCUCAGGUCUUGUGGAUCCUCAACUGGAUCUCGGUGGUGACAGGGGUCAUCCUGUUCGCCCUGGGACUCUACCUUAAAGUGGAGAUCAACAAACGAGUGGAGCUGAUGGCUGAGAGGGACAUCCAGUAUGUGCCCAACAUGCUAAUAGCUGUGGGGCUCAUCGCUUGUGCCAUCAACUUCCUUGGCGGGAAGAUCUGCUACGACUGUGUGGACACGACAAAGUUCCUGCGCUGGAAGCUGAUCAUGCUUCCCUACAUAGUGUGCACCUUUUUCUUUACCUUCUGCGUGCUGGUGGGGGCUCUGAUGUGCUACAGCAUGCGUGGUGAACUGGAGGAGUCUCUGGCUUUGGGGCUGACACAAGCCAUGAGGUUUUAUAAGGACACAGACAUACCAGGACGGUGCUUCCUGAAACGCACCGUGGACAUGCUGCAGAUCCAGUUCCAGUGCUGUGGGAACAGCGGCUACAAGGACUGGUUUCAGAUCCAGUGGAUAAGCAACCGCUACCUGGACAUGUCCCAACAGCAUGUGGUUGAUCGAUUAAGGAGUAAUGUUGAAGGGAAGUAUCUGAUGGAUGGAGUUCCGUUCAGCUGCUGCAACAUCAACUCUCCACGUCCCUGCAUCCAGCAGCAGGUCACCAACAACUCUGCUCACUACAACUACGAGCACCAGACGGAGGAACUGAACCUGUGGAUGAAAGGCUGCCGCCAGGCCCUGCUGGAAUAUUACACCGACAUCAUGCAGUCCAUUGGCCUCACAGUCCUCAUCACGUGGCUGUUUGAGCUCUCAGUGUUGACAGGGGUUCGAUACCUUCAGACCUCGCUGGAAAACGUGCUGAGACAGGGAGACCCCGACUCCGAAUCUGACGGCUGGCUCCUGGAAAACAGCUUCAUGGAAACGGCCCGCAUCAACCUGAACAUCAUCAAGAGCCUUGGCAAGAACAACCACAUCGAUACAGCCAAGAACGGAGACCCCAACAUUGACGUCCCGUCCACAUCGAAGGCUCACUAUGGCCCAGACAACGUUCCCCCAAAGACCAUCAAAGAAGCCAGUUAGGCUUCCAGGAGACCAACAGCGCAGUGAACUCUCUCUUUUAGCAGAAUUGUUUCAAUAAUUUUUCAGAAUGUCAGACUAUACCUAAAAAACAACGUAUCAAGGCCUGGAGUUUGUUGGUUUUUUGUGACGAACAUGAUUACAGCAUGUAAACCCACAUUACUUUAGCUGCAGAUGUCAGGAGGCUAAAACUUUGGUUAAACAACAAAACACAAUCAAAAUUGAUUUUUACAUUACUUAGAUGCAACAUACGGUUGGCCAAAAUUUCAUAAAAACAAGUGGCUUAAAUACAAUAGAGCCAAAACUGCAUUAAAACAUUUUAAAAAUGUUUUUUGAGCUACUAUAGUGCAAAAACAAGGUCAAAAAUUCUACCCCACUGGCAGAUUUUUUUUAAUAAUCUAAAAAAAAUCUACAAAUGGGAGUAUAAAAAGUUGGUCUAUCAACAAAUUCUUAUUUUAAAAAAAAAAUUAUAUUCACUAAGACAUGUUUCCUUCAAUUUUAAUAAUCUUGCUAUUGAAAAACUCUAUAAGAUUAUGUGUUGCAAGACAAAAAAUAAGACAAAAGUAUUUUUACUUCCCUGUUUAGAUAUUAAAAUUCAGAAGGACUCUAAAGUGUUUAAUCUAAAUUAAAAAUUCUAAGAGCAGGAAUGUUAAAGGGUUUCAGAAUAUUGCACAAGCAACAAAAACGACUUAAGAUUUAGAUCUGGAACUUCCAGAUGUUGUCCAGAGGACUACAACAGUCUACCAGGACUGUACCUCAUUAAAACUGAACAGAGUAAAGAGCUUUAAAAACAUCAAAGAAUGAUUUGAAUUUGACUGAUCGGAAUUUUGUGUUUAUUUAGAGUGCAUUACAGGGGUCCAGUCUAGAUUUGAUCAAAUAAACUACUAGUAUUCAAGAAUAUCACUUAAUGCAUUUUUCUGAUCAAAUAAAGAAUAACCUUUAAAUCAUCACAAUAUGAACAAAUGAAAAAAGUUUAAUCUAAUCCUGCAUUUGUGUCAGUUUUUCACCUGAUAGAAAGUUUGGUGUACUCUAGGAAAGAAAUAUUACUACUCUACUCAUUAACACAUAAAAAUACACAACAAAACAUGAAUUAUAUAUCUGUAUCUGAUAUGUUUUCCCUAAAUAGGGUGUUUGUCAUCAAUCCAAGUUGUACUGUAUUUUUUAAUGCAACAUCUACAUUUUUAUACACUCGUCUAGAACAUCUGUUUUCAUCUUUUUACAUGUGAUACCGUUGCCUGCAUGGUUUUGCAAAAAGGGGCCAAAACAAGUCCUUACUCCUGCAAGUUGAGACACUUGAAUCAAAAUGAGAACUUGAAAUACUUGAUAUUAUUGUUGUUGUUUGAUAACAAAAACACAGAAGUGAUUUAACUGCAUUUGAGAGGCUUAAAGAGACACAAAAUAUUCAGAUAAAAAAGAAAAAAAACAAAAGUUUUUUUUUUCUUACUUCUUGUUUCUUUUUAUUUGGAUUUUUGCAACUUUGAUAUUGUUAGAAAUAAUUUGGGAAAAAAGGAUCAAUCAACUUUCAUUAGAAGAAAAAAGUGAAAAAUACUUUUUUUCUUAAAUACCACAAAAACCAAACAUUUGAAUUCGUCAUUCCUUUAUUCUGCUGACAGCAAUGCAUUUCUCGUUUACAUAAAUUCUUUAAUACUUAAAGGUUUGUUUCUUCAGCACACAGAAACACAUGGUUAGCAGGUUGCUGUGCACCUUUAUGGCCACAGCCUGGAAGUCAGGAAAAAUUGUCCAAAAGGAUAAAAAGGAAGAAACUUUAUGAUCACACUUCUUUUUUUUUUCCAGGAAUAGGAAAGAAACUGAAAGAUAUUGGACUCUUCAAAAUAAAAAAGGAAAAACAUUUGUAUUGGUUGCAUGUUGUUUGGAUUUUUUACCACCAAAAAUUGCCUUAAAUAUCUCCAUUCAAAAGUUUUGAUGCAUUCUUUUAAUUAAACUGUGGCUUUAAGGUUUUAAGGAAUUCAAUACAAAUAUGGCCAAUUUGUUUUAAAAGACAGUGGAGAAAUGACUGCGUAUAAUAGGUUUGCGUGCUUGUCAAAGGCAAGUCAUAGGCGAGUUGGUUGAGUAAAUAGUAAAAUACAGUUCUUUACAUACAUUUCUACGUGGUUAAAGGUGAGACAAAUUGAUAUUUUGGAGCAUAUUUACAUUGAAGAGGCAAAAGCAAAAGGUGUUGCAUUUGUGGCCAUGCUCGGGUUAACAGUUCAAUGUACCAAAACAAGAAUAACUUAUU